AUGUGUUAUUCUCUAAACGUUUUUGUCCUUCGAAUCAUUGCCAUGAGGCCAUCAGUGGCAGCAGUCGACUGGGUGGAGGACGAGUGGUCCGCGGCGCCGUGCGAGUCGUCGCCGCCAGCCUCCACCGCUGCACCCGCCGCUUCGCCGCUUACCCUAACCGCUCCGCCCAAGCGCCUCAAUUCGCUCGCCUCCUCGUUUCUUCCCGCCGCCAUCUUCGCGCGUCCUUCGCCGCCGGCGGUCUCGCGGCUCCUCGCCGACGGGGCUGCGGCGGCUGGCGGCGACGGCGACGGCGAGGAGUGCGAGGGUGAGGGCGGGCCUUACGCGGCGUGGGAGGAGGACGGGGAGGGGGGGGACGACGAGGGUAACGACGGGCGUGCGGAGGCAGGCGGGGUCGGGGAAGGCGGAGUGGGGUCGGUGCUGCUGGCGUGGGGUCGCAACCUCUUUCACCGCCCUCCGCCCGCGUCCCUCUCGCCGCCCUCCACGCUUCUCCAGCCGCUCACUUCCCUCGAAGCGCGAGCCCCCUCCUCCUUCCGCCGGCAUGCCGCCACCAUCGGCAGCAGCGCCGGCAGCAGCGCGGACGGCGCCCGUUCUCUCGCCGGCAAGCUCUGGGGGGCGCUGGCUCCUCGCUCCACACACGCGCACCUGCUCAGUGACGUCAGCAGUGGUAGCGCCAACAUCAGCAGCGCGCCUCCUCACAGUUCGGGAGGGGCAGCGCGCGGAGCUCCGCGGAACGGCGCGCGCAGCUCGGGCAUGGCGGGCGAGUCGUUCGAGUCUCCGCGUUCUGCUCGCGAGCACGCUGCGGGCGCACCAGGGGGAGCCAGGGGGAGGGGCAACUGGUCGGCGGGAGGGGGGACGCUGAGCGCUGUGGGCGCGCAGGGCAGCAGGGAGGGGUUGGGAGGGAUGGCGUGUGGUGGUGAGGGUGGUGGGGAUGGCGGGCGCACAGGGGCGGUGGGACGAGGCGGGGAUGGGUGUGGGGCGCAGGGGGGCGGGGGGCAGGGGUGGGCGCACAAGGUGUUGGAGGUGCUGCCUGUGCUGGCCGUGGUGACUCUCAUGGUCUUCGGUACCGUCGCCUACCUCACCGUUGUUGACGCCAGUGAGCCCCCACCCUCCCUCCCUCCCUCCCUCACUGCUCCGCUCGCCUGCUUCCUCUCUGCCGUGCUCCCUGCUCCAUUCUUACCCCAUCUGCCUGCUUCCUCUCUGCCGUGCUCCCUGCUCCAUUCUUACCCCAUCUGCCUGCUUCCUCUCUGCCGUGCUCCCUGCUCCAUUCUUACCCAUCUGCCUGCUUCCUCUCUGCCGUGCUCCCUGCUCCAUUCUUACCCAUCUGCCUGCUUCCUCUCUGCCGUGCUCCCUGCUCCAUUCUUACCCCAUCUGCCUGCUUCCUCUCUGCCGUGCUCCCUGCUCCAUUCUUACCCCAUCUGCCUGCUUCCUCUCUGCCGUGCUCCCUGCUCCAUUCUUACCCCAUCUGCCUGUUUCCUCUCUGCCGUGCUCCGUGCUCCAUUCUUACCCAUCUGCCUGCUUCCUCUCUGCCGUGCUCCCUGCUCCAUUCUUACCCCAUCUGCCUGCUUCCUCUCUGCCGUGCUCCCUGCUCCAUUCUUACCCAUCUGCCUGCUUCCUCUCUGCCGUGCUCCCUGCUCCAUUCUUACCCCAUCUGCCUGCUUCCUCUCUGCCGUGCUCCCUGCUCCAUUCUUACCCCAUCUGCCUGCUUCCUCUCUGCCGUGCUCCCUGCUCCAUUCUUACCCCAUCUGCCUGCUUCCUCUCUGCCGUGCUCCCUGCUCCAUUCUUACCCAUCUGCCUGCUUCCUCUCUGCCGUGCUCCCUGCUCCAUUCUUACCCAUCUGCCUGCUUCCUCUCUGCCGUGCUCCCUGCUCCAUUCUUACCCAUCUGCCUGCUUCCUCUCUGCCGUGCUCCCUGCUCCAUUCUUACCCCAUCUGCCUGCUUCCUCUCUGCCGUGCUCCCUGCUCCAUUCUUACCCAUCUGCCUGCUUCCUCUCUGCCGUGCUCCCUGCUCCAUUCUUACCCAUCUGCCUGCUUCCUCUCUGCCGUGCUCCCUGCUCCAUUCUUACCCCAUCUGCCUGCUUCCUCUCUGCCGUGCUCCCUGCUCCAUUCUUACCCCAUCUGCCUGCUUCCUCUCUGCCGUGCUCCCUGCUCCAUUCUUACCCCAUCUGCCUGCUUCCUCUCUGCCGUGCUCCCUGCUCCAUUCUUACCCAUCUGCCUGCUUCCUCUCUGCCGUGCUCCCUGCUCCAUUCUUACCCCAUCUGCCUGCUUCCUCUCUGCCGUGCUCCCUGCUCCAUUCUUACCCCAUCUGCCUGCUUCCUCUCUGCCGUGCUCCCUGCUCCAUUCUUACCCAUCUGCAUGCUUCCUCUCUGCCGUGCUCCCUGCUCCAUUCUUACCCCAUCUGCCUGCUUCCUCUCUGCCGUGCUCCCUGCUCCAUUCUUACCCCAUCUGCCUGCUUCCUCUCUGCCGUGCUCCCUGCUCCAUUCUUACCCCAUCUGCCUGCUUCCUCUCUGCCGCACCCUCUGCUCUCUCCUCAUC